CCGUGUUAAACGGCUUUCUUCUGGGUGCUCAGGGUAUGCGGUUAUGAAAUAGGGAUGUUAUGGAGCUGUAUGAUCAAAGUCUGGCUAAAGGCGUCUGCCACAUGCCGUAUAAAUGUGGCUGAUAGAGGGUCCAUCGAAAUAUUCACCAGGGGUCUGAGAUGGACCAGGGUAAGCUUUUCCAUGUGCUGUGAUGUCAGUGCCUCUGAUCUGUACUCAGAUUAUAGUUCCUUCAGGUGGUACUGUCACUAGACAGGAGGUCUUCCACAGGACUGGGACUCUUUCCAGGCUCAUGUUGAGGUUGAAGAUGUGUUAAACCACUCCACACAACUGGUCUGCACAAGCCUUGAUCACUCUGGAGCUGAUGCAUCUGGUCCAGCAGCUUUGCUCACCCUGGUCUUCCUCAAUUCUCGAUCUUCUCAUCUGGAGAUCCUGGUAUCAGGAAGGAGGGGAGGGAGAGAACUUGUGCAAUCCUGACCGACAACACUGCAAAGUUUCAGGGAAUCCGUUUCUGCAGUCUACAACAAGAAACAACCAUAGAGCCUGAAAAAGAGCAGAGAUGGCAGAGAGCAAGUCAAGCGGUGCGGGGAGUGGUGGAGCGGGACUUAUCGCGAAGCGGUUUCAGAAGCAAUUUAGCCGGGCACAAGAGAAGGUCUUGCAGAAGUUGGGUAAGACCAUGGAGACCAAGGAUGAGCAGUUUGAGCAGUGUUCUCACAAUCUGAAUAAACAACAGAGUGACGGGAACAGGCUAUUCAAAGACAUUAAGGCAUAUUACAAUGCUGUCAAAGCAAUGCAUGAGACCUCCAAACGCCUAUCCCAGACGCUGAAGGAUGUCUAUGAACCUGACUGGAAUGGAGCAGAAGGUCUAGCCACAAUCAUAGAUAAUGAAGACCUUCUGUGGAAUGACUAUGAAGAGAAGCUAGCAGAUCAAACAUUGCGCACCAUGGAAAGCUACACUAGCCAAUUUCCAGAAGUGAAGGAGAGAGUGUCUAAACGUGGCAGGAAGCUGGUCGACUAUGAUUCUGCUCGUCACCACCUGGAGGCGCUGCAAAGCACCAAAAAGAAAGAUGAGGCGAAAAUCACCAAGGCAGAGGAAGAAUUCAACAAAGCACAGAGUGUCUUUGAGGACAUCAACAAAGAGCUGAGGGAAGAAUUACCAGUUAUCUAUCAAAGCCGAAUUGGUUGCUAUGUGACGGUCUUCCAGAACAUCUCCAAUUUGCGGGAUGUCUUCUACAAAGAGAUGAGCAAGCUCAACAAUGAACUUUACAAUGUGAUGAAGAAACUGGAGACUCAACAUUCAGACAAGACGUUUAUCAUCAAAGGGCUGCACAGCACAUCCUCGAAAAAACGGCGAUCUCUGAUUAUCUCCGCACCCAUCCCUUGUAACACGGCCUUCCCCUCAGACCACAAAGCCAACCAUGGGCCCACCCAGGAUGAGAACCGGUCUGAUCCAGCCAGCCCCAUAAAAAAAGUAGGGGAAGAGGAGGAGGAGGAGGAGGAGGAGGAGGAAGACCAGACUGGGGCUUUGGUGGAACAGCAGACACCUGAAGAUCCAGAUGGUUCACAGAGUGAAGUCACUGAGGACCCAGAUAUGAAUGGUCAUGGUGAUGACAAUGCCAAACCAGAAAGCCUGUGUGAAGAUGAACCUGAACUGAAUGACGCCAAAAAUGAGAAUGCUGGGGAGGAAAAGCCAAAUGUAGAGGAAGAGGGAAGGGAAGAGGCGGUGUCAGAGGUCACUACUGCCCAAUCAGAACAUAGCCCUGCUCAGGACUCCCUCCCGGAGGGAGAUAACUCUACUGAAUCACUGGAGAAACAUGAUGAUACGUCUGACCCUGCCGCUAACAUUGAAGACACACCAGUGUCUUCCUCCAGCAUAGAUGUAAAAAAUGCAGACCACCCUGAAUUUCCACCUGGAUUUCUCUACAAGGGGGUGGCCCUGGAGGAUAAUCUCAACAAGGACACCGGAGAACUGCAGUUUAAGGAAGGUGACAUCAUUCUGGUUCUUUGUGAUUUGGAGGAAAAGCCUGAAGGCAUUUUAAGUGGUGUGAAAGAGACUGACUGGAUUCAGCACAGGGAUCAUCUGGACCACUCUGGGAUCUUCAUGGAAAAAUCGAUCAGACGCAUUGAUUCAAGUUAACCUUGGUAUUCCUGUGUCUGUUUUCACUUACCUGAGUCCAAUGUACAUCUGAGCCAAACCAAGUAGCUCUGAGUGGAGACCAAGCACUCUCGCUGAAGCUGAUGACCAGCCAACGCUUUUCUUCUUCCUUAUGUGGUUCCCUUUGUAUUCUUGACUUCAGGACCCAUAGAAUCAAAUAUUUUGCUGUGUUCCCCUUGGAAUAUCAUGGGGUACAGAUGGUCUUAGGUUUUAACAUAUCAGUCAGCCACAGCAAGCAAAAAGAUGUAUUAAUUUGUGUUCAAUGAGCUUUAAGACAGACUUUUUGUGACAGCCUUUAUUUAUAUAAUGACGUUCUUACUGCAUUACUGAUGGUGUUUGCAUAUAAAAUGUUGGACUCAAGAGAUUUGUCUUAAAACGUUUGGAACACCACAGUAAAGGGUCAUAAAGAGAUUCCAUAUCAUAAUGACAUAGCACAGUGUACAUUAGAUAUUUGUCCUCUGAAUAACAUACUGGAAGCUUGAAGUGUUAGCAAUAUAUGUUGGCUUGUUGCCUUUUUUUGUGUCACCUUAGUCAUUGUUACAUAUGUUUAAUUUUGAUUGGAAAGACCUGUAGAUGAUGUUUUUGACUGUAAUAAAUUCAGCACCACUCUGUUUGCUACUAUGAGGAAAA